UUACUCGACUACUCGAGGCGAAGCACAGCAGCACAACAACUCGAUUUACAACUCACACUGCACUCACACACUCUGCAUUACAACCCUCUUUUCUUUUCUUUUGUUUCGUCCAGCUGUGGUGUUUAACCCUAUAUCCAGCUGCUGCCUCGGAGAGAACAGAAGCUGAUUAUUUAUUUUGAACUUUGCCGACGGUUUUUGAUUGGACAGAGACCGGCGAGAGAAAGAGAGAGAGAGAGAGAGAGAGAGAGAGAGACUGCGACUAACAACAAAACGAGCUCCACUUUUACCAACUCGACCGAGGUGUUUCGAGGUGGAUCUACCAAAGUGUUACACGGUUCUUGAGUUGAUCCACAGAAGCGUGCACAAAUACAUGUAUCAACAGUGUGUAGAAAAAGUGAAUGAAGCACGAGGGCAGGGAUUAUCUCGUGUUGCACAACGAGUCUGCCUUCUUUAACCUUGACUGCAUGAUGGUUGGCUCCAGAGGCCAGUGGGGUAUCGAUGACUAGGCCUAAAUGGGAGGGCUUUUGGACAAAGCCAGCCUUCUAUUAUGGCUGCUUAUGCCCUAAACUGCCUACUCAUGAUGAACCCUAAUAACCUGACUGAUAAGAGCAGCCCUCGGACUGCAAGGCCUGUGCUUCCAGUGCCGGACCGAUCCACCUACAGCCCACUGCUGGGAAGGAAUAGUGGUUCAUACAGCCCGGGUAGCUUGAGUCCUAGCUCUUCUAGCACAGCUUUUGUCUUUGCCUCUGGCGUGACCAGUACCAACAACUCCAAGACACGCUCACCAUGUCGCUCACCAGACCUGCUGGGGGUGAACGUGGGCACCCGAGUGCGCAGGCUGAGUGAGACCGACCCAGAGGAGGAGCAGGAGGAGGAAGAGCGGCGUGCUGCACAGCAGCUCCAGCGCAGCAAGGAGCUCCAGAAUGUAGAGGUGAACAAGAAGGUGGACCUGUUCGAGGCACAUAUUUUUGCUCAGGCUCAGAACAGGGAGCUUCAGCGCAGCCCUCGGCUUUCCAGGAGACAGGGCCCCAAUUCUGCCCCUGUACCUCAGACAGACAAGCCAAACUCCGUCUCUGAAUUAAACUUUACAGGUGUCUCGAUCAUCCUCCAGGAGCUGCAGAAUGGGAAGAACUCCCGAGGGCUGGAGAGACGCGGAGAAAAAAACAAUACCGUUAAUACAAAUAAGGAAGAGGGGAGCCUGCUGGGAAACAAAUCCGUUGACAAGGUGAUAAACACUGUCUCCACAUCACAAGAGGUUGGCAAUGACUUGACUGCCAACAAGCAAUCAGAGACAACUGAGGACAGAGCUCAGCCUACAGAAGCUCAGGUUCAGGUGAACGCCGAGGAAAGGGGUUCCAUCCCUGCCGUCAUAGUGACAGACCAUGGAAUAGAGGCUGGUGGAGAGGGCCAGGAACCACAGGCCAGCCCACAGCCCUCUCAAACACUCCGAAAGCUCUCCUCCUCGUCUGCCUCUUCCACUGGCUUCUCCUCCUGGGAAGAAUCAGAAGAAGACCUCUCCAGUGACCCAGAACGCACACCAGCCUUCCUCCAGACGCAGCAGAAAGCACAUAAAUCAUGGAAGAAGAUCAAGAACAUGGUGCAGUGGUCACCUUUUUUAAUGUCCUUCAAAAAGAAGUAUCCUUGGAUUCAGUUGGCUGGCCAUGCAGGCAAUUUCAAGGCGGGUGCAUAUGGUUGCAUCCUGAAGAAACACUGUGAAUGUGAGCAGCGCUGUCUGACCCGGUUGAUGAACGACAUGCUAAAGCCGUAUGUCCCAGCCUACCACGGGGAUGUGGAGAAGGACGGUGAGAAGUACAAUCAGAUGGAAGAUCUGCUGGCUGAGUUUGAGACGCCCUGCGUCAUGGAUUGCAAGAUGGGUGUCAGGACAUAUCUGGAAGAAGAGUUAACGAAAGCCAGGAAGAAGCCCACUAUGAGGGCCGAUAUGUACCAGAAGAUGAUUGAAGUUGAUGCAGAUGCCCCCACACCAGAGGAACAUGAGCAGAAAGCAGUUACCAAACCACGCUACAUGCAAUGGAGAGAGACCAUCAGCUCUACAGCCACAUUGGGCUUCCGCAUUGAAGGCAUCAAGAAGGAAGAUGGGACUGUAAACAGAGAUUUUAAAAAGACCAAGACUCGGGAACAAGUGGCUGAGGCUUUCCAAGAUUUUUUCAAAGGAAACAGGAAUAUCCUGGCUAAAUAUCUCACCCGGCUACAGGAAAUCAAGGAAGCACUGGAAAUGUCACCGUUUUUCCAGACACAUGAGGUGAUUGGCAGCUCUCUCCUUUUUGUCCAUGACAAGCAUGAAAGGGCAAAAGUGUGGAUGAUAGACUUUGGCAAAACUACACCGCUGCCUGAAGGCCAGGUCCUCAACCACCGUACCCCAUGGGUGGAAGGCAACCGUGAGGACGGCUACCUUUAUGGCCUUGACCACCUCAUAGACAUUCUGAACAACAUGGCCAUGACAAAGUCGUAAAGAAAAGGAGCUCGCUGUGUCCCAAUACUGUUUUUAAUGUGCCUUUGUUGACUUCCCUUCGCUCAUUUGCUUUGUUGGAAUUCCCACUGAUAUACUUAAUCAAUACACGAAGGGCCAAGGGAUUGAACAACUUGUCCUAUUAUGGUUGUGCAUAGUCCAACGGAAUCUGAUUUACACCGAUUUCACAUUACAACUACAUUGUCCUUGCAGCCACGAGAAAAUGUUUUACACUGCUGUACCUCCUUUCUCUUGCACUGCAAAUGGACACUUGUAUCACUGUAUACUUCUAAGACUCGAGGAGAAGUCAAUGAGCAUGUUAAAAACAGAUUCGGAACACAGGGCACGUCCUCCUCUUCCUGGAGUUCUCUUUAUUCUGCCCUGGGUAGAUCACUCGCACUACAAUACAGGACCUGCCUGGGUUACCACAGAAAGCUACCCCCCAUCAACCCCCACCACACACACAAACACAUAAUAUAUAUAUUUUUUUUACAAAAUAGAAGGGCCACAUGUGCUGUGUGUAUUUGUAUGUAUGUAAAGAUACAGAGGCUGUACAUAUAGUAUAUAUAGUAUAUAUAUAUAUAUAUAUAUAUAGUAUAUAUAGUGUAGAAAUUGUACAGUAUAAUGUUUCAGUAGUGGAGGCCACUCGGAAAAUUUUCUGCAGCUUAAUACUUUGUCAGUUUGUAUCUGAAUGUAAAAUUCCACUAUUUCUAACUGUACAAUGCUAACGUUAUCAUAUCAAUCACGUGUGCCUUCGUCUCACUGAUGAUACUUUCAGCAGCAUGGGCAUCAACUUACCUUUGUUUCAGAAAAGAAGAAACUGAUCAUGUUUUCACGUUAGAUUAUUUCUAAAUUUUGUAUGCAGCUGUUUUCGCUUCUCCUAGAACAGGCUACCAGACGUUUAUUUGAACUCACUUAUACAAAUCUAAACUUGUAGGUUUACAAUUAUAUUUGUAUUUAAAUGGGUAUAGCUGGGUUUUUUUAAUUAUUAUUAUUAUUAUUUGGGACAUUUAGUGAUGUGAAGUUGUAUGAUAUUUAUUAUGUCGUGCCUAACUGUAAUAACUGACAAUUGUUGUAGGGUUACAUUGUGCCUGUAGUAAAUUAUUCUACAUGCCUUUUAAAAAAAAUAGAUUGUAAUAGACCCAAAAUCUCGCUAAUAGCAUUCCUGGAAUCAGAUGGUGCAGUGUAUGAUGAGAUAAUUAAUUAACUCAGUUAAUUCUAGAAAACAAACUAUCAACAAAAGCUCACAUAAUGCUAAUCUGGCAAAGCCUCUUACUUGUAGCUCAUAAGCAAGUAAGUAACAACACUGGAAGGGGGAAUCCUACUAGUUUUUCUUAAAAACAAACAAACAAACAAAAAAAAAGGAUCUCAUUGAGAAGUUUACUAAGUCAUUCAAGAAUGGCCCGUUCUAGAGAUAUGUAUUGACUUAUUUAUUUACAGUGCUUGUGACACAUCUACAAAAUCAAAGCAGCUGUUUUGCUUGUUUUGAAAACUACCAAUGAAAUCACGUUUAUACCCCAUUGCAAUACUUCGUCUGUAUAUUCUGAUGUUAAAUGAUACAGCUUGAGAUACAAUGACAUCUUAGUUCUCUUAGUACUACAUCGUAGCCUUUUUCUUAUAAGAAACACAAACUAUACAUCAGGGCUUCUCAAACGUUUUGAGCAAACGACCCCAAAUAGACAUCGAUUUACCAUGGUCUCUGAUCUAGAAAAUCCAGAAGAUCGGUACAUAAAACAGAUCUUUUGAUAGGUUUGAAGGUGACAUGUAAUAGGAAAAAUGGUUAGUGUUAGUACUCAAUAGCAGUCUAGAAUAGCACAUAGUACAUGUAGGCAUGUAACAAUAUAUCAUGCAACAAUAAAUCGCAGUACAAAUUUAUGGCAAUUCAAAUCAGUGAAAUUAAAAAUGAAUCAUAAUUAUUACUAGGCUGCAUAAUCUUAGUUUUUCCUUGCUGUAAUUGUGUUGUUUAAACAGCAGAGGGCACAAUAAUGUACAAUAGGAAUACAGGAAUACAUAUGGCUUCACCUUAGGCGGAAGUAAUACAGCUCUAAUGCCAAAAAAAGAAAAAAAAAGAGCUUGAGAGAGAGAGAGAAAUCUAAAAUGGGAAAGAGCUGUUGUGUGAUUAACUGUACAAAUAGCUUUAACAAGAAAUCGGAGCUCUCUUUUCACAAACUGAUGUAAGCUAAAGAAAAGAGAAGCAAAUGGAGGCAGUACAAAAGUCCAUAAAAGUUUAUUUAAAAAAGCUCAUUUAUUAUUAACUUUUUUUUUUAAAUAAAAGGAAUGUUGUAGUUAAUAGGCUAUUAUAUUUACUCCAACUUUUACAAAUGUGGGUAAAUAAUGAUUGUUGGUUAUGAAGAAAAUAAAACUUUUUUUUUUGUUUGUUUGUUUUUUACAAAAGGAAUAUUUAAGUUGAUAAAGAAUAAGAAAAUAAAUGUCGAUUUUUUUUUUUUUUUGGUAAUAACAUUUUUUUAAUUUUAUUUUUUCCCAAAAAAUAUCGAGGGAAAAUAAAAUCAUGAACCCAAUAUCAUGAAUUGAAUUGAAUCGUAAAUUGGGUGAAUCGUUACAUGCCUGUAUGUAAGUAUGCAAUUUGAGGCGCAAUGCUAGUUAGUUUAGUGGCGGUAGAUGGAUGGAUUAAUUUGUUAAUUUCUGCUGCUGAAUUCCUUCUCUGGUGCAGCAUGUCAGGAUAGAAAAACAGACUAAAAUGGUAUGAACUAAUCUGAAUGUGACUUAAAAUAACAAUUUAUUUUGUUGUUAUAUUAGCACACAAAAUUCAUGUUGGAUAUUAUCUGAUAUUAAAAAUAAAUUAAUGAAACAAAAGAGGAGCUUCAAGUUUCUCUUAUAAAUCAAGCGAGCUCGUGUAGGGUCGUGGCCCCGAGUUUGGGAAGCCCUGCUGUUAAUAAAAGAGGAGGCUACUGCUUGCAGUAGAAGUCAGAUGACUCUAGCUAUAAGCUGCAUUAAUACAAAAAUGGACAUAUUAUGGGGGUCAGGAUUUUGUAGUGAAAAUGGCUUAUCGCUGGACACUGGAUUUCUGAACAAAUCUGAACUUUGUUUACUUCUCAACCUACAAAUUAUGCAUUAGUAUUGGAAAAUUGGUAGGAUUCCAGAUUAAUCCAAUCUGAAUACAGUGCCUUUUUAUGUUCUCCUGUAACUGUUCACCUGUUCACUAAUUCAUCCACACAGUAUACUUUUACAGUUUUUGUCUAUUCACCAAGCUAUUUGUCUUAAAACGCAGCGUAACUGACCAAAAGUGUAACUUGUAACUUUGAUUCUUUUGCAUCCCCUCUUUGACACAGACCUCGGUGAUUUUUUUAUUAAAAGGGUCGUUCGGACAUUCCUUCCAAAAGCAGCUCAGAUUAACAAAAUAUCACUUCAUGACGCGAUUCGUGAAAUGCAUCCGGUUCAAACUGAGGUGAUUGCUGUUUGCAUGGUAUUUGCUAUGCAAAUUUGUCAGUCUGUGCUCAAGCCAAACAUUUGGCUGUGGUCCAAUGAAAACAAAGUCUGUGAUAAAAGCUCAUUUGUGUAUGAGUGCCUGCUGAUAGACAUGUGUGAGUUCCUCAAGCUGGUUUAUUGUGGUUAAUUAAACGUGGGUAAGGAACAGCUGGAACUUUUUAUAGCCAGCACCAUAGUGCAUAUUUAUCCCCUCUGAAGUUAAACCGUGCCAGACUAACUUCAUCAUGUGUGUUCCCCAGUUUAUCAUCGAUUAAGCUAUGCACUUGUCUUUGUAAAUUGUAACUCCUAAAGAGGCUUAAAAAAAAGCAGUAUGGAAAUAUGUCUUGCCAUUAAAUUGCAGAUCAUUGGAAGAAUUAAAAUGAAGUCACAGAUCCUCAUGCUUUAAGAUGUCUUUUUAUGUAUGUUUUGGAUUGUAAUAUGUGAUCCCUUGAAAUGUGCACUUUUUUUUUAACUGUGAUGUUCUAUUCACUUGUUCAUCUAGCAGCAAAGACCUCACUGACCCUAGCCAACUGUUGUGAUUUUAUAGUAAUAUUAUUGUAAAAUGUAUUUAAAAUACCCAGUACGUCUUCAUCUCGGGUAUUAACAGCAUGAAAAUGGUUUAUGGAAAUAAAGCACAAAAUUACCUGCAAUUUAUUACCUGCAGAUAAUGUCUGUAGAGUUUUAAUAGCGAUAUUAGUUUUAAAAUACUGUUUGUAGAGAAACAUGAGAAGCCAAGCCCAUUAAGCUCCAUUUUUGAAUAAAUACACUACCGUUCAAAAGUUUGGGGUCACCCAGACAAUUUUGUGUUUUCCAUGAAAAGUCACACUUUUAUUUACCACCAUAAGUUGUAAAAUGAAUAGAAAAUAUAUUCGAGACAUUUUUCUGGCCGUUUUGAGCAUUUAAUCGACCCCACAAAUGUGAUGCUCCAGAAACUCAAUCUGCUCAAAGGAAGGUCAGUUUUAUAGCUUCUCUAAAGAGCUCAACUGUUUUCAGCUGCGCUAACAUGAUUGUACAAGGGUUUUCUAAUCAUCCAUUAGCCUUCUGAGGCAAUGAGCAAACACAUUGUACCAUUAGAACACUGGAGUGAGAGUUGCUGGAAAUGGGCCUCUAUACACCUAUGGAGAUAUUGCACCAAAAACCAGACAUUUGCAGCUAGAAUAGUCAUUUACCACAUUAGCAAUGUAUAGAGUGGAUUUCUGAUUAGUUUAAAGUGAUCUUCAUUGAAAAGAACAGUGCUUUUCUUUCAAAAAUAAGGACAUUUCAAAGUGACCCCAAACUUUUGAACGGUAGUGUAAAUAAAUAAAUAACAAUCCAAAUGAUGAGUUGAAAAGUAGCAUAGCUCAUAGUGAUGUGCUAGUUGGCCUGCUGUAGCUGAGCUCUGGGAGGAGGGCGCCCCCUGCUGUAAUGGUGCUAUAGUUUAGGUGCUAUGUAAUGGUAGACUAUCGAACAAAGCCUAACGUAGGCUACUUUCUGACAGGUCUUAAUAACUUUGGAUUUUUAGUGCAUUUGUGUGUGUGUUUCAAGGGUGUCAUAAACAUACUCAUUAAAUGCACAAGGCAUGUUGCACAAGAACACUAACUAUAUCUGCAUCUUCUCUUGGUCAUCUAUUGACUUGGUUAUAUUCAUUUUGCUUCAGUAUCUUGCUUGGUGAGAAGUUGCAUUUUGGUUUUAAUGAGAAUUAUCUGUCCUGUAAUGUCUUGCUUUAGUCACACCUUGGUUUUCUUCUGCAGAUGACCUCCAAAGUCUAGUCAGCAUUGUAAUAUUGUAAUAUUUCAUAUUAAACAGCACGUUAUGAAACUGCCUGUCCCAAGAGCCUGUUUACUCUUUUAGAACUUGCUCUUGUGCUAUAACCUACUGUACAUUUUACUAUACAGAUACUGCGACAAAAUUAUGCUUGG